AGAACGCCGAGGGCAGAACAAUUGUGUUUUGGAUUCCUUGCCGUGCGGAUCGCAAGCGCGAGAGUUAUGAGAAGAGCGUAGCAAAGCGUACGAAGUAGUAGAAGCAACAGAAUUCGAAUUCAGAAUCGACAGAAAACAGAGGCAAAGAGGAGUAGAAGAAAGAAAAGAACGUUAUUUUUUUAACAGUGUUUUUCUGCGCCACACUCUCGAAAUACAUAUUUCAAACGGAUUUUCAAAGUGCUUUUCCCAUUUUUUACAAUAUAUAAAACUCCAAAAGUAUCUGUGUGUGUUUGUGCGCGCGAGUGCCCGUGUGUGUGUGUGUGCGCAGUCGACGUCGCUGCUUUGGGGACAGAGCUGCCAGAUCGCGAGUUAUGAAAGCGCAAGCGUCGCACGCAAGUAGCAACAACAAAAGCUACUGAAAAAAACUCUACAAAAAACACCGCACCACACACUCUAUUUUUUAUUUGUUGCCAAAAAAAAGGAAGCAAAUUCUAUACACACUUUAUAAGAAAAGAGAUCUUGAAAAAAAGACGAUCAUGGAUAGCAGCGAACAGUUGAACGGAGCCGCGGGAGCUUUGAAUUUCAAGCGGCCCAAGGAUUCUGCGGAGAAUGCGGCGAGCAAUUCUACAAGCAACUCUUCGGGCAGCCCCAAAAUGGGCAGUCGCCGGAUCUUCACGCCCCAUUUCAAGCUGCAGGUUCUGGAAUCGUAUCGCAACGACAACGAUUGCAAGGGCAACCAGAGGGCGACGGCCAGGAAGUACAACAUUCACCGCCGGCAAAUCCAGAAGUGGCUGCAAUGCGAGUCCAAUCUCCGCUCCUCGGUGGCCAACAAUCAGCAGCAGCAGCAGCAACAGCAGCAGCAGCAGCAGCAACAGCAGCAACAGCAGCAGCAACUUCUCCCCCAGCAAUCUGCAUCGCCCACUCCGGCGGCGGUCAAGGUGUUCCAUCAGCUGAGCCAUCCGCUGGUGCAUCAGUUGCAUCAUCAUCAUGCGGUGGGUCAUCACCACCAUCACCACCACCAUGCCGCCCAUCACCAUCAUGCGGCGGCAGCGGCGGCGGCAGCAGCGGCGGCAGCAGCAGCAGCAGCGGCCCACCAUCAUGCCGCCCAUCAUCUGUUGGCGGCGAACGGCAUGGUGCCGCAUCCCCUGGCCGCCCAUCCCCAUCUGCAUGUCCCGGUGGCAAUGCAUCCGCAGCAGCAACAGCAGCAGCAGCACUUGCAACAGCAGGAGCAACAGCAGCAACAAUCGGAGGCCACUUCGAAUGGCAGCAAUCUUUCGGCCGCCAAAAUAGCCGCUGUGGUUGCCGCCGCAACAGCAGCAGCAGCAAUCCCCGCCAGCAGCAGCAGCAGCAACGGCAGCAGUUGCAACGGCAGCAGCAACAGCAACAGCAAUUGCAACAGCAACAACAGCAACCAAGUGCCAAUUCAAGUGCCAAUCCUGAGCGGAUCCCCGCCUGCAGGUGGAUCCACCACUAGCACCACCACCACCUCUGCCUCCUCCUCCUCCUCCUCCUCAGCCAGUCACAUUCCACACAUGCCCUAUGCCGCCUAUCAUCAUCACCACCACCAACAUCCCCACUUUCUGGAGGCGGUGGCCACGCCCGCGCCCAUGGACCUCUCCCUCGGCUCCUCCGCCCGCCGUCAAAUGCAGCUGAACGAGAAGGUUGCCGAUCCCUCCGGCGUGGAUCUCACCUUCCGCAAGCGCAAGGUCAUCACUAGUCCCAUGCAACCCGACAAGAUGAGCAAGCUGGAGAUGCAGGAGGAGGAGGAGCAGAUCAAGAAGGAGCCGGAAACCGAGAACGAGGAUGUAGAGGUGGAUGUGGAGACGGAGCAGCCGGAGGAGCAUAAGGUGCCCUCCAAGCAGGUCAAGCUAUUCAAGCCCUAUUUGCUGGACGACGACGAGGAGAACCAGCAGGAGGAGCAGGAGGAUUUGGAUGAGGGCGCUGGCGGCGAGGAGGAUUCAUCAGAGCAUGCCGACAAGGACGACUCCGAUGAGGAUGAUGAUGAGCUGGACAACAAGAAGAAGCAGCUGCGACGCCACAAGAAGAAGAUCGGCGAGCAGCGGGAGCCGAUCAUCUGGAGCAAUCAUCCGUAUCCCGGUGGCUGUCUAUCGCCCGGAAGCAGCAGCUUUCAAUGCCCCACCGGGAUUCAGCAGACAUUUCCCGUCAUUGCCGGGGGGAGUCCUAAUCAGGCAGCCACGCCCCUUAGCCCCUUCUCGGCGCCCGCCCUCUCGCCCACCGGCUUCUGCUGCCCCAAAGGAUCGCCCGUUUCCGGCUACGAGAGCAGCUCCUCCACCUACAGCGACAGCGGCAGCAGCUACAGCCUCAAUCUCCAGCUGCAUGCCGUCUACAACGACAAUCUGAUGUACAUGCAACAGCAGCAGCAACAGCAGCAGCAACAUCACCUGCAACAUCAGCAACACCUGCAGCGCUGGCUGGAUCAGGAGUCCAGGAUCCUGGCGGAUUCGGCGCCCACAAACCUGACCCUGGUGGCCUAAGAACACACAACAUACAAGUAGCAACUAAGGAAGCAGCAAUCCCACCAAUCGGAUGUUUUAACGGCAGUCACUGGGCCUGGCCUUUUAGUUCCCUAAGCCAUAUUUAAGCCUAUGAAUGAGAGUUUUUUUUUCCUAGCCUUAAAACUUACCUUACAAAUCCUUAGAUCUAAGCGAAAAAAAACAUAUAUCUUCCAAGCAUAUCAGCAAAAAAAGCCCCCACACAAAACCCUAGGUUUAGAUAACAUUUCUUUUUUUUUUUUUGGUUAGCUAUUAAGAACAAAUUAAGCUUAAGUUUAGGUUUUUCUUUUUUUUUAUGUGUAAAUAAUUGUGUACAAAAGAAAAGCAAAAACAAGGCGAAACAUUUGAAU